CACAGGAUGAUUCCGGGAGGCUUCAAGGUUCCUGGAGUUCACCGCCACUGACUUCAGCCAGCAAGUGCAAAAGCACUCUUGGCUGCCUCAGCUGCAACCUGCGGCAGUUUUUCCUUCAGUUUAUAGCUUAGAAGAAUUGUGCACCAGGGGCUCCUCCAGCUCUUCCCAGACCCGAGCCGUGCAGCUCCCUCUCUGGGUUCUGCGUAGUGAAAACAUCCUUCAGCCUGCAGCUUCUGUUGCCAGCCUGAAGUCUCCUGAUAUAUAAUAGCUCCGAGAUGAAGUCUCCUCAGAAAAUCCUUAUGACUGCUCCUCUGUUUUUUCUCCUGACCCUUCACACCUUGGUCUCUUCGGGCUAUGACAACUGGACUGACAGCAGACACUCCAAUAGCCAUUACUGCAUAGGGUGUGUGCUGGUGGUGUCUAUCAUUGAACAGUUCACUCAAGUUCACAACUCGACGGUCCAGACCUCAAUGGAGAGACUGUGCAGCUACUUGCCUGAAAAACUGUUCUUGAAGACCGCUUGCUAUUCAAUGGUACAUAUAUUUGGACCAGACAUCAUAAAACUAUUCAGAGCACAUAUGAAUGCUGAUGUGGUGUGUCACACCCUGGAGUUUUGCAAACAGGAUCCUGGCCAACCCUUGUGCCACCUCUAUCCCCUUCCCAAGGAGGCAUGGAAAUUUACACUUGAGAAGGCCAGACAGAUUGUCAAGAAAUCCCCAGCUCUGAAAUACUCCAGAAGUGGUUUUGAUAUUUGUUCACUCCCAUUUUUGGCCAAGAUCUGUCAGAAGAUUAAACUAGCUAUACAAAAUUCUGUGCCAUUAGAAGAUGCAGAUUCAGACAAAUAUAGUGAUUUCCCAGCACUGCGAGGCUUUCACUGGCGAGGGAGAGAUUGCAACGACAGCAACAGGAUGGCGUACCCAGGCAGAAGGCCAGACAACUGGGACUCAUAUCAAGAUUCAAACUGUAAUGGCAUUUGGGGUGUUGAUCCAAAAGAUGGAAUCCCAUACGAGAAGAAAUUCUGUGAAGGUUCACAGCCCAGGGGAGUCAUUUUGCUGGGAGACUCAGCUGGGGCUUAUUUCCACAUCCCUCCUGACUGGAUCACAGCUUCGCAGAUGUCUUUGAAAUCCUUCUUCAAGUUACCAAUAGCUCUUACCAAUGAGCUUGACUGGCCCCAGCUAUCUGGUACUACUGGAUUUCUGCAUUCCACCAGCAGAAUUAAACAAAACUCUAUUUACCUUCGUUUACGGAAAAGAAACCACUGCAAUCACAGGGACUAUCAGAAUAUUUCCAAAAAUGGUGCAUCCUCCCAAAACCUGGAGAGAUUUAUAGAAACUUUAUCUAGGAACCAGCUGUUGGACUAUCCAGCCAUUGUUAUAUAUGCCAUGAUUGGAAAUGAUGUCUGCAGUGGGAAUAUUGAUCCUCUCCCAGAAAUGACCACUCCUGAGAAAUUGUACUCCAAGGUCAUGCAGACUCUGCAGUAUCUAGAUUCCCACCUGCCAAAAGGCAGUCAUGUUAUUUUACUUGGCUUACCAGAUGGAAGAUUUCUCUGGGAUCAUUUGCAUGACAGAUAUCAUCCUCUUGGCCAGCUCAACAAGGACGUGACCUACGCGCAUUUCUACUCCUUCCUGAACUGUCUCCAGGUCAGCCCCUGCCACGGCUGGAUGUCUUCCAACAAGACGCUGCGGAAUCUCACUUCAGAGAGAGCAGAACAACUCUCCACAACGCUGAAAAAAAUUGCAACCAGUCAGAAAUUUAUGAACUUCGACCUUUUCUACUUAGAUUUCGACUUCCAAAAAAUUGUGAAGAAGUGGCAAAAGAGAGGUGGGCAGCCCUGGCAGCUCAUUGAACCCGUGGAUGGAUUUCACCCUAAUGAGGUGGCUUCACAGCUGUUUGCAGAUCUCUUCUGGGAGAAGAUGCAGCGCCAGUGGCCCCAUGUCCUGGGAAAGGAGAAUCCAUUCAAUCCCCAGAUUGAGCAGGUGUUUGGAGACCAAGGCGGGCACUGAGGCCCCAAGGACAUGUGCUUCUGGGGAGGCAGCAACUUGGGGAGACACUUCUAUUUUGCCCAGGCACCAGCAUGAACCACAUCUCGCAGCCGUCGUAUCCAUGAUCAGAAGACCUUACCCUGGACUAGCUCCCAGCUUUGUGCGCUUCACACCUCAUUUCUCCUCCGUGAUCCACACACUUCCCGUGCCAGGAGCUGUAGCACGCUUUCUCCUCCUGUGAUCUGACCGCUAGCCCUGCACUUUGUCCCCACGCUGGUGGACAAUAGGAGCGUACCUGGAAGUCCUUCCUGACCCAGGAUGGCUGGCAGUAACCUGCACAGAACUAACAGCUAACCACAUACAUAGUGCAACCUAAAUGGAUCUCCAUUUCACCUUCCCCAAAAUUCCCAUGGCUUUUCCAGAGCCACGGAUAAAAGGGAAAUUGUGACAGAGAUGAAGGAGUUGUGUUUAAAAUAUCUUACUUUUGCCAAUUUUACAAAGCAUAGGACCCUGUGAACUCAUUGUUGGGGCCCCUUCCAGGGCUUUGGAAGAAACUCUAAAACUUAAUCUUUCUUAGACUUAUGGUAAAUCCAUCUCUGCUCACAAGAUUAAUCUGCCAGGUUUGUGUGAGCUUCAGUUUGGGGGGCCAACACACUUAAAAUAUUGUCAGUCCAUUAAUUUCUGUCACCUGAGUCAGAUCCUUGGCUCAGAAUGACCAGCAUAUGUCCCCAGGAGGUAGAUCAGCAGGGGACCAACAAGCCCUCUGGAGGCUGCUUGUCUGAAGCAGGAAAUACAAGCUUGGAGAAUAGAUUAAAGAUGUGAGGCGUCGGGCUGUGGUUGUGGUUUAGUUGCUAAGUCGUGUCCAACUCUUGCGACUCCAUGGACUGGAGCCCACCAGGCUCCUCUGUCCAUGAGAUUUUUCAGACAAGAAU